GAGACAGAGAGCGAAUAGAGAGAGACAGCGAAGAGAAGAGGUUCUGUGGCUGCUUGCAACAACAGCCGAGCCAGCCAGCCUAGCGUCUUGCCUCGUUUUUUUUUCUCCGCCGGGUUCCUUUAAUUUAUGAUCGCCGGAGCCGAAAACAGAGAGAAGGGGCUGACAAAAAGCCCUGAGUCCUUCCCCCAGCUCGGUCCGCGGGAACGGAGCAGUGCCUAGGCCGCAAGCCCUCACUGCAAAAAGGGGCAAGCUCUGAGGACAGGAGGGAGGCAGGCAGACCGAGGGAGACUGGGAAAAGCCGAGCUCGCAUUGCCACUCCGGAGGCAAAGGUCUCUGCUUCCUCUCCGUUCUUUUCCAUUGGCGCGCACUGAAGCCACAGCCACAACGCCUGCAGGAGAAGGGGAAACAACACGAUCCAGGGGCCUCGUUUUAUACAACAAGCGAGAGAGAGAGAGGGAGUACUUCCUCCAACUUUUAUCCUGCCUCAACAGAAGAGAGAGGACACGUGACCAGACGUGGAUAGAGGGCGCUCUUUCUAUCAGUGUUUUGUUUUCAUCAUUUAUUUUUUUAUUAGCAUUGAAAAGCUAAUAAAGAAAUAAUAAGAAAUUAUUUCAAUUUUAGUUACUAUUGGAGCCAGGACCUGGAGGCAGCCUUUGUCAGCUUUGAUCCUGUCGACUUGAAAGAUAACGCAGCAGAGGACAAACAGCUCUGCAGCCCAAAGGAACUCUGGGAGACGAACACAUGUGGACUUUUUUUUUUUACAUUUACUACAUUCUUAGUUUGUCAUUGGAGGAGUUGAUGAUGGCAACAGUGCGCAUCCUGCAUAAACAAGCUUGAUCUUUUGACGAUUGACAUUCCUACUUAUUUUCCGACCUUUCAAGAGUCUCUGUUUUGGACGCUUGCACAUCACAGUAUCUGUUCUUGUUUUGGUCUGGCCUCACCUCCUUGUGUUUUGAUUGUUUUUAGUGUUGGAAUAGCCCGGCAAGAGUGGGGUGAUACUAACAUGGUCUUGCCAGACUGAAAGACACCACUUUCCCGGCACGUUAAGAACUGGUUUGACUGGUUUUUUGCCGGCAGAUACUUCUGUUUUCCCUUGCUUGGUCUCAACAUAGCUUAAGUGUUUUUUCUAACCUGGUUGAGGAGUGAAAACACUAAGCCAUUUCUCUAUCUUGAGAGGGGCACUCUUCUCCCCCUUUCCAAGCCUGUAGCCAAUGAGACCUCUGUCUUUUUUUCCCUUUUUGCCAUUUUCUACAAGAGCGUGAACGUCUGUGUUUAAUUUAUUGUUUCCUGUGAAAAGGGCAGGUUGAGCUCUGUUUCUUGCCUGAACUGUGAACUGGCCUGUGAAUUGGGCGAGAGGAGUCAGAGGACUGAGGCAAAAGAAAAACACAAGAGUUGAAUGAACAGAGGAGGAGAGAGAGAAAGGGGGCAGAAGAAAGGGGUGUGAGAACUGUGGACAAACAAAGCAGGGGGAGUUUGUCGGCUCUGUGGGACAGGAAUUUCCAGGUCACUGCAGUGUGGAAAGGCCCUGCUGCCUCUCAAACGCGACAAGACCCUGUGAAUGUUUUAUAGUUCGUACUUUACUUCUGACUGACGUCAUUCUUGUAAAAAAAAAAAAAUCUACAUCUGAAAAAGGCAGGUUUCACCAGAAAACUUUACCCAGAGAUUUUUUAUUUGUUUGCUUGGUUAGACUUUACACUGCGGUGCUUUUUAUAGUGAAAUAUUUCGGUCUUAACAGCUAGUAUCCGGGGGGGGGGAUUAGCACCGCUAGCGGUGGGCAGGACUCGUAGACUGAAUCCUCGGGACAGGGCCUGGUGGCAGAGAGAUGGCCAUGGUGAGCGGGGGAUGGGGCGAUCCGGACGGAGACACCAACGGUCUGGGGGAGAAGGGCUACCUCCGGGGCGACGAGGAAGACGGGUCGCCCCAGGCGGGCAGCAGCGACAUUGAGGUGGGCGAGGACGACAAGGCGUGCGUGGUGGACUGCAGCGUGUGUGGCGACAAGUCCAGCGGCAAGCACUACGGCGUCUUCACCUGCGAGGGCUGCAAGAGCUUCUUCAAGAGGAGCAUCAGACGCAACCUCAGCUACACCUGCAGGUCAAAUAGAGACUGCCAGAUCGACCAGCACCACCGCAACCAGUGCCAAUACUGCCGGCUGAAGAAAUGCUUCCGCGUAGGAAUGCGCAAAGAAGCAGUCCAGCGCGGACGCAUCCCGCCAGCGCACUCCGGCAUCAGCCCCACGCCCAUGCCCGGGGGCGGCACCGGCGGAGGGCCGGGCGGCGGGGCGGGGGGCCCGGGCGUGGGCGGCGGCGAGUUCUUCAACGGGCAGCCGGUGUCGGAGCUGAUCUCCCAGCUCCUGCGGGCCGAGCCGUACCCCAGCAGCCGCUACGGGCCCCAGUACGGCCAGCACCACCCGCACCAGCAGCAGCAGCUCCAGGCCGGCGGCGGGGGCGGCGGCGGCUCCGUCAUGGGCAUCGACAACAUCUGCGAGCUGGCGGCGCGCCUCCUCUUCAGCACCAUCGAGUGGGCGCGCAACAUCCCCUACUUCCCCGACCUGCCCGUGUCGGAGCAGGUGGCCCUGCUGCGGCUGAGCUGGAGCGAGCUCUUCAUCCUCAACGCCGCGCAGUCCGCGCUGCCCCUGCACAUGGCGCCCCUGCUGGCCGCCGCCGGCUUCCACGCCUCGCCCAUGUCCGCCGAGCGCGUGGUGUCCUUCAUGGACCAGGUGCGCGUCUUCCAGGACCAGGUGGACAAGCUGACGCGCCUGCAGGUGGACUCCGCCGAGUACAGCUGCCUCAAGGCCAUCGCGCUCUUCUCCCCCGACGCGUGCGGGCUGACGGAUCCCGUGCACGUGGAGAGCCUCCAGGAGAAGGCGCAGGUGGCGCUGACGGAGUACGAGAGGCUGCAGUACCCGGGCCAGCCGCAGCGUUUCGGGCGUCUCCUGCUCCGCCUGCCGGCCCUCCGGGCGGUGCCCGCCUCGCUCAUCUCCCAGCUCUUCUUCAUGCGCCUGGUGGGGAAGACCCCCAUAGAGACCCUCAUCCGCGACAUGCAGCUCUCCGGAAGCUCCAUCAGCUGGCCCUACGUGCCGGGGCAGUAACGCCACCCCGCGGCGCGGUCGAACUCGCUCGUCCAGGGCCCCAUUCUGGCACCAGGGCCCCAAACCCCCACAGGCUCUGGGCGUUCCCCACGGCCCCCUUUUGGGUCCAAUGUCAUGUGUCCUGUGACAGCGCAGCCUCUCUUCACACAAAAGAACCCUGUUGUGAUGUCGUCACUCUGGAAUGCAGAUGUGUCAGGAGUUACGGGACUCAGUGGAACAGCUUCUUUGUGAAACAAAAUGUUUCUGAGAAAAAAAAAAAGUAUUUUUCCAGAACUGGCUAGAGACCACACUGCAGACUGAUUUUAUGAGCUGUCAAAUUAAUUGGCGAUAUAUAUGUAUAUAUAUAUAUAUAUAUAUAUAUAUAUAUAUGUGCUAUUUGUAUUCUGACGAAAGGAUUGAAAGCUUUAUGACCUUUAAUUUGAAGGGACUGGUGUGAAUGAUAAUGUAUGCCCAAUCGUACUGUCCAAUCGGAUUUUGAUGGGUUUUUUUUUUUUUAAAGAAAUCAUAACACUCCAGAAUCAAUUUGGAGAUCUGGCCAUAAGUGUGACAAAUAACAAGAUCGUGACAAAAUAACAAUUAAUCCAAAUGAGCUCAAAUUCAACAAAAAUACAUAUUUGCAUGGAAAGAACGGACCGUUCCGAAUUUUAAAAAGGGAUUAACGUUCAUGUCAUCUGAGUUUCACUGGCGUAAUGAUAGCAGACCUUGAAGCUGACAUUCAUUUCUGAUGAAGUUGAUACUGAUAUCCUGUUUAUAUCAGCCCCAGUUAGGACAGGCUUGUACAUUUACAAUUGUAUUGUGUUGCCACAUAGAAGCGAACCUUUCUAGAAUCAUAACUAAGCAACACAGUAUUACAUUAUUUUGCUGUAAAACAGAUAUGACCACUUGUGUCAAUUUAUUUUAACACUGUUCGCAGGUUCAGUGUAGCUAACGUUUAUGACUACAGCACAUUCCUUCCAUUCACAAUAACAGCCCGGUGUGGGUUUGUAAUAUUUUCCAUGUUGUUACCUUUAAAAACCAAUUGACCUCUUUGUGACACACGUAUAAUACUUUAAUAAAACCCAACCAUCAAUGAAACAGACUGCUCUACAGGAAUGCAAGGGAUUUUCUACUACUGGGCCUUGGUGAAAAAUAACACAUCGUGUAUAUAGUGACAAACUUUGUCUUUGAUAUAUGACUUGGCAUAUGCCAACAUUAGGUAUGAAAAAUACCACUAAUUAUUUUGUUUCUGAAUGUAAUCAAAAACAGUUCUUUAGUAGAGUUCUUUAGUGAACAAUUCCUAAAUAAAUACUACGCUUACCAAGCAGAAAAAACAAAAAACCCUGAAAUGAUUGACGUAACCUUUUCACGCAACCUAAGAACAAAUUCAAAUUAUUAUUUUUGUUCAAUGAUAAAAAUACCUCUGGCAUCCUUCAAGAGUUUUAUUUACCUUUUUCAAUACCCUGCAGCCUGACAAUUCACUACACCAUGAAACACUCCAAAAAAGAUUUAUGCAUCAGAACACAAAUCUUGGGAUUCAUGUAUUUCCAACUGUGUGCCCAAAUCACUUCAUCGUGCGCUACAUUUGAAGCAGGAUGCUCUUUCGUUCGUCUGUAUGUUUUACUAACGGUGCAAUGUGCUCGGGUGUGACGUUUUUAAAGGUGCAAAGAUGCAAUACUGCUGUGUUUGAGAAAAUGGCCCAAAAUGACUGGUUGAACCACUGGCAAAGGCUACCAGGAGUCCAAUCUCACCUCCUAGACUGACUAGGACUUACCUCAUGCCCUAGCCUUCAGAAAACACAGGAUACACCAACUAAAUCAAGACAAGAGACUUCAGUGAGUUUUAUUCACGUCGGAUUUAUUAUCAUCGUGUUAUUUCUCCAGCUUUAAUGUUUUUCUCGUCAGUACCUGCUUAUUAAUCUCCAAAAACAAUGUGAAGAUGCAAAUUUUUGUCUUAUCAUUAUAUAUAUUUUUGGUUAUGAAUGUUUUUUUUUUUGUAAGAAUAUGCAGAUCAGCAGUGCUGUGUGAAUUAGCCCUUCAGCAGAACGGAUGUACGACUGAACAGACGCUUUUAAGUCAGUGUUUUCGAUAACGACGCUGAUUUAUCGCUGGGUUUCCCUGGCGACCAUCCUGAACUGCUGCUUUGAAAUUUCAACACAGUGGCUAUUUAUUCAAGAUGAAUGCAUAUGUUAAAUUUUCUGUUCUCUAGAUCAACCCAGAAUAUGUAUUUUCUGUAUAUACUUCUGGACUUAGAUAUACUUGUAUAUACUUCUCCCCUUCUGUUGUUACAGUGACCGGGUGUGUCUACCCCUAUGUAAUAAAGAAAGCUUGCUAUUGGA